AUGUCUACAUCUGCUGAUAUGACGCCCACACUCAGCAUGCCUUCCCUUGUUCUACCCCUGGAGCUUCACGACUACAUCAUCGAUUUCCUCCACGAUGAGACCGAUGAGUUGAAGCGUACCGCUCUCGUUUGCCGAUACUGGCUCUCUUCGUCUCGCUUUCACCUGUUUUCCUCGGUUACUCUGCUGCCGCCUCUGGAAGCGCCAUCUCACUCAAGCUCGCCUUCGCCAUGCAAACGGCUCGAAAAUGUCAUAGCAAAAUCGCCCGAUGUGUCGCGCUACAUACAGGAGCUAUCCCUGUACGAAGGCAGCCGGCACGGCAGGAUGGGCUGGGCGUGGAUGCACGCAGAAUCCUCGCUGCCAAAACUUCUCGACGCUGUGAAAGGAAGCCUGAACACGCUCUGCAUCCAAGCAGAUCCACGAGAACGCCCUCCCCUGGCUAUCAGGCUCGCCCGCUUCCCAGAAUCCCUGGUCCACGUCUUCGGCCGACUCGCAGAACAGCAGGACCCGUUCACCCAUUUACGACACCUGCGGCUGAAGGGAUUGACGCUGCCUUCACUGCAGUCCGUGGCGACCCUUGUGGCAGCCAUGCCGGCGUUGAAGGACCUGGACCUGGUCCAUAUCAGGGCUUCUUCGACUGAAGAAGUGGCCCCGUACCCAGAGGUAUCGGGCUCGCGCAAGGCGGAGCUGGAAUCACUACAGGUCAUAUCUCGGGAUGCGGAUGGGUUCAUUCGCUGUCUGCUCCACGAGCAAGCCUCUGCUAGCCUAUACCAUUUGCGCUCGCUCGCGUACACGACGGGCAUCGGUCACAUGGGCGUCGUGAACGAUAUCCUUCGCGCUUGCCCCAAUUCCCUUGCAAGCUUCGAGCUAUUCGCCUCGAGUCCUCUACACCAGAUCGUCCAAGCCCCUCCACGCGACGAUAAAAUUCCCGACCUCUCACGCAACCCCGCUAUCCGGACUAUCUUGCUCGAUGGCGACAUCCUGCCCGACUCAUGCGAUAUCCUCCACUUCUCUGUCGCCGUGUUAUCAACCCUCCCACCCGAGAACGUCCUCGAGCACUUCAGCCUCACCAUCGCGCUCACCUGCCGCCUGCCCGCGCCCACGCUCGACGACUCCCUCGCGUCCUGCGCGCGCCUGGAUGCGCUUCUCGCUGAGAACGGAAGAUUCCCAAGGCUCGAGCGCGUGCGCGUGGACUUCCGGAUAUACGAGUAUGAUCGCGAGGAGGAGGGCGCGCAGCCGGCGGAUGUCCUGGCCGGGCAGUUUCUCGCCCGCUUGUCGAAGCUCGACGCGAGGGGCUUGCUGUAUGCUGAUGUGUCGUCUGUGUAG